UUCUCGUGUUCAAAAUUAGUUGUCCUUAGCUUAGAGUGAGGGAGAGAAGUAGAGGAAUAUGAUGAGUUGCAGAGGAGGAGAGGUGGUGGUAUCUAAGCCUCAGGCAACACCAGCAUCACCACCUUCACCACCUCUUUGUGAACAAGAGAAUAAUCCAUGGGGAAGAAGCUUCAAUGGUUUAGGGGGGAAUAUGAAGGGGAGUGAAGAGAGGAGGUUGGUCUGUCUCACUGGUGGGAAUUUCUAUUUGGGUUCUCACAUACUCAAGCAACUCUUGGCUCGUGGCUACCUCGUUCGACUUGCUUUACAACACCCAGUGGAAGUGGAGGAGAUGAUGAUGAAGUUGAAAGGAGGAGGGAUGGAUGAGGAGGUGGGAGUGGGAUUGGAGAGUGUGGUGGUGGGCAAGUUGGGAGAUGUGGAUAGUCUUUGCAGGGCCUUCACUGGUUGUUGUGCAGUUUUCCACACCUCCUCUUCUUUCGACCCUCACGGCGUCUCCGGUUAUUCGGAAACAAUGGCCUUUUUGGAGACAGAGGGAGCAAAGAACGUUAUUGAGGCGUGUGGGAGAACUGCAUGUGUGAAGAGAUGUAUCUUUACUUCAUCUCUACUCGCUUCUAUAUGGCAAGCCAAUGUUGCCAAUGCAGUCAUCGAUGAGAGUUGUUGGAGUGAUGAAGAGUUCUGCCGAGACAACAAGCUUUGGCUUGCCUUGGGUAAGACGACAGCAGAGAAGAUUACGUGGAGGAAGUCCAAAGAAAUGAAAGUUAAUCUUGCCACUAUUUGCCCUGCCCUUGUCAUGGCUCCCACCUUUCCAAACGCUCACACUGAAGCUUCUCUACCCUAUCUUAAAGGAGGACAGGUGAUGAUAGAACAAGGUGUGUUGGCAACUGUGGAUGUUGACACUGCUGCAAAGGCUCAUGUAGAUGUUUAUGAAGCUAUGGAUUAUGGAGCUUGUGGGAGAUACUUAUGCUUUGAUAGAGUUGUGAAAAGAUUAGAUGAGGUUAUCGAUCUUGAGAAUGGGUUGAAGAUGCAUGGCCUAUUGUCAAGAGGAAGAAAUGCUUUAUCAAACCAUGUAGAAGAUGAAGAAAGUGACCAGGGCCCUCUUAGUAAUGCUAAGCUUGCUAAAUUGGUAUCUUAUGCUUCUCAACAUGUAUCUUGCAAUCAGUGAAUUACAACUUCCUAAUCAGUAUAGUUUUUUCUUAUCA